AUGGAUCAUCUGCUGCACCCUACGUGGCUUUACACCCUGAGCGUCUUCAGCGCUGUGUCCGCCGCAACUCACUAUAACUGCAACAGUCCACUGGUGUCCAUAUUACCACAAUCCUCCUUCCAGAGCUCUUCACAGUCCUCCAUCAGUUAUGCUGCUCACAACGCCAAGCUAAACAGAAGAGAUGGAGCAGGAGGCUGGUCUCCCAUGGUGACAGACGAGGAGCCCUGGCUCCAGGUGGACCUAAGGGACCGGAAGGAGGUGACGGCAGUUGCCACACAGGGGCGCUACAACAGCUUAGACUGGGUCACCAGAUACCUGCUGCUGUACAGUGACACAGGCCAGGCAUGGAAACAGUAUAGACAGGAGGAUGGUAUCUGGAGAUUUGUGGGGAAUGUGAAUUCAGAGGCUGUCGUCCAGAACAAGCUUUCCCAGUCAGUGAGAACCCGUUUCCUGCGUUUCGUCCCUCUGGACUGGAAUCCUAGUGGCUGGUUGGGCCUCAGAGUGGAGGUGUACGGAUGCUCUUUCAAAUCAGAUGUGGCAGACUUUGAUGGCAGAAGCUCUUUGCUGUACCGAUUCAACCAGAAGUCCAUGUCGACAGUGAAGGAUGUGAUCUCUUUGCGCUUCAAGAGCCGCCAGGCAGAGGGGGUUUUACUGCAUGGGGAGGGACAGAGGGGAGAUUACAUCACCCUGGAGCUUCACCGAGGAAAACUGGCCCUCUACCUCAACCUAGAUGACACAAGACUGAGGUUCAGCAGCAGUCGUGUUGCCGUCACAGUUGGUAGUCUGCUGGAUGACCAGCAUUGGCACUCUGUCAUCAUUGAGCGCUUCAACAAGCAGGUGAACCUCACAAUGGACUCUCAAACACAGCACUUCCAAACCAAAGGGGAAGGAGACUCAUUGGAGGUCGACUAUGAGCUGAGCUUUGGAGGCAUCCCGCUGCCCGGCAAACCUGGCACCUUUCUUAGGAAGAACUUCCACGGCUGCAUCGAAAACCUCUACUACAAUGGAAUCAACAUCAUCGACCUGGCAAAGAGACACAAGCCACAGAUUUACAGCGUGGGCAACGUGACCUUCUUCUGCUCGUGGCCUCAAGUGGUUGCCUGCACCUUCCUGAGCUCCAGCAGCAGCUUCCUCACUCUCCCGGCAGCUACACCAUCCGCCAUCAUGGCGGGUUUCUCUGUUCAAUUCCAGUUCACAACGUGGAACCCUGACGGGCUACUGCUCUCUGUGCAGCUGAGCCCAGAGUCCUGGAGACUAGAACUGCAGAUCAGCAACAGCCGGCUCCUCCUGACACUCCACAACUCAGGACAGCAGAGAUCAGAAGCCACGGCUGGUCACAGAGUCAAUGAUGGACUGUGGCACUCUGUAAGUCUCGACACCAGAAGUCUACAGAUCACCCUGACUCUGGACAAUGAGCCAGCCUCCAUCAUUGAAAAGUGGGAACAACUGGAAGACAAAGGCAGCUUCUACUUUGGAGGCUGUCCCACAGCGGGCUGUCAAAACCCAACGUUGGCCUUCCAGGGCUGCAUACGCCUAAUAUUCAUCAACAGCCAGCUAGUCAAUCUCAAUCACGUCCAGCAACGAUUGUUUGGAAAUUACAAUGAGCUGCAAUUUGAUAUCUGCAACAUAAGAGACAGGUGUCUUCCUAACCUGUGUGAACAUGGAGGUCGGUGUUGGCAGUCCUGGAGCUCCUUCUCCUGUGACUGUUCAGGGACCAGCUACUCUGGAGCUACCUGUCACAAAUCCAUCUACGAGUCAUCCUGCAUGGCCUACAAGCUGAUUGGCAGCUCCUCUGGCUUCUACUCCAUUGAUACAGAUGGGAGCGGCCCUCUGGGGCCCGCAGAGGUCUACUGCAACAUGACAGAGGAAAGGGUGUGGACGGUGCUGACACACAACAUCACGGCUCCAGUCAGAGUCCAGGGCUCAUCCCUGCAGAAACCUCACAUCAUGAAGUUAAAUUACAGCACCUCAGCUGAACAAGUGCGUGCCAUCAUAAUGGGGUCAGAGCAGUGCCAACAAGAAAUGGUUUACAACUGCAGGAAGUCCCGCCUCUUCAACACAAAAGAUGGCCGCCCAUUGUCCUGGUGGUUGGACCUGAGAGGAGAGAGACGGAGCUACUGGGGAGGCUUCCAGCCUGGAGUACAGCAGUGUUCCUGCAGCCUCGAGGAGAACUGCAUCAACCUGAACUAUUUCUGCAACUGCGAUGCCGACAUAGACUCAUGGGCUAAUGACACAGGAGUCCUCUCCUAUAAAGACCACCUGCCAGUGAGCCACGUUGUGAUUGGAGACACCAACAGAACAGGCUCGGAAGCCGUCUACCAAAUAGGCCCGCUUCGUUGUUAUGGAGACAAGUCAAUGUGGAACGCAGCGUCCUUCUACCAGGAGUCUUCCGUCCUCCGCUUCCCGACCAGGCAAGCUGAGCUUGCCGCCGACAUCUCCUUCUACUUCAAGACCAGCGUUUCUUCAGGAGUCUUUCUGGAGAGCGAGGGACAUAAAGACUUCAUUCGAGUGGAGCUCAGCUCUCCUUCAGUGGUGACUUUCUCCUUUGACGUUGGAAACGGUCCAGCGGUCCUGGCUGUGAAGUCCCAACUCGCUCUGAAUGACAGGCAAUGGCACUAUGUGAAGGUGGAGCGUAAUGUGAAGGAGGCAUCACUGCAGGUCGACCAGCUUCCUCUCCGCGUCCUGGAGGCUCCAGUUGAUGGACACCACCGCUUACGCCUCAACAACCAGCUGUUUGUAGGAGCAUCACCAUCCCAGCAGAGAGGUUUCCUGGGCUGCAUCAGGACUCUGACUGUCAAUGGUGUGAUAUAUGACCUGGAGGAAAGAGCAAAGAGGGUACCAGGGGUGAGCUCUGGGUGUCCAGGUUACUGUAGCAGCUACAACAGUCUUUGCCACAACAGAGGGAGGUGUAUUGAGAGGAGCAGGGGCUACACUUGUGACUGCUCGCAGUCAGCCUAUGGAGGACCCACCUGUAAAGAAGAGGUUUCAGUGACCUUCGACAAAGAAUCCUCGGUCACCUUUACCUUCCAGGAGCCCUUCUCAGUGAUGCAGAACAGAAGCUCUCAGGCCUCCAAUGUUAACAGAGAAAGCAGCAGCAGGGCCAGAGAAGACAUUGCCUUCAGCUUCAUCACCUCCCAGAGCCCGGCCAUGUUGCUGACUGUCAGCAGCUUUGGCCAGCAGUACAUUGCUGUCACCCUGGCUCGCAACGGAACUCUGCAAAUCUGGUAUCAUAUGCAGAAACACAGGAACCCAGACAUGUUCAGUCCCAUCCGCAGCAGUCUGGCAGACGGACGACUCCACCAAAUCAGAAUCCAUCGUGACGGCAAAAACCUUUAUGUACAGAUCGACCAGGACAUCCACAGAAAAUACACGAUGUCAUCUGAUGCAGAACCGAUCUUAAUCAGAUCCUUGACAUUGGGCAAAGUCAUCAAAGGAGACAACUUUCAAGACGAGGUAGUUCAAGCAGGUUCGAAGGGUUUCAUUGGCUGCCUCUCCUCAGUCCAGUUUAAUCAUGUGGCUCCUUUGAAAGCAGCACUGCUGAAUCGAGGGAGCUCAUUGGUCACUGUCCAGGGUCCAGUGGUCCAGUCAAACUGUGGAGCACUGGCAGACUCCAUCACAUCUCAUAAUCUGCGAGAUCAAGCUGCAACAACAAAUAAGGAGCAGUAUGGCAUUGUUACCAAAAAUGAUGUGGCUGUAAUCGCAGGUGUGGUGACAGCGGUGGUGUUCAUCACAAUUUGCAUCCUGGCGGUGGUGACCCACCUCCUGUACAGGUGGUCCCAGAGGCGCAACAGGAGCACCAAGGAAAAGGUGCACCGUCAUAGUAUGGAGAUGGGCAAUGGGACAGAGAUUCACCUCCACAACUCUCUCAGGGACAAAAUGAAGGAGUACUACAUCUGA